UUUAUUACAAAAUUAGCAAGAAUGAAUUGAACUUGCACUCAAUAGUUGAACGUACUAAAAGUAUUCGCUCCGAGAUAUAAGUGAAGAUAUUGAUAAUGGCUGGGGCAACUGGACUCUGGGUAUUUGGAUAUGGAUCCCUGUGCUGGAAUCCAGGAUUCGAAUUUAAACGAAGUAUGACUGGACAUGUCAGAGGAUUCGGGAGACGGUUUUGGCAGGGAAAUGAUAGCCAUCGAGGAACUGCUGCCAAGCCAGGGCGAGUGGCCACUCUGAUCGAUGAUAAAAAAGAAAUCACAUAUGGUCGAGCAUUCGAAGUGACUGGAAGUGCAGCGCUACCAUAUCUUGAAAAAAGAGAGUGCAAAUUAGGUGGAUAUUUCACAACAAUAUCGACGUUUUAUUCACGAGACGGAUUACAUAGUUUUCCAGUGGUAAUCUACAUUGCAACUAAUAAGAAUAAACAGUGGCUCGGUGAUGCACCCGUCCACGCAAUCGCUCAACAGAUUUUAGAAUCCGAAGGACCCAGCGGUCACAAUGUGGAAUAUCUUCUCAGGUUAGCAGAUUUUAUGCAUCAAUUCAUCCCCGAGGCUCACGACGAGCACCUAUUUACCUUAGAAUUGAUAGUUCGAGCUAAAGUAAAAGAACUGAACCUGUGUCUGAAGAGCCUCAUGGGUAAUCGUGAAUUCGUCAUCCAAAUGAAAAUGGACAAAGACUCUGACAGUUCUAAUAAUGACGUACAAGACGUACAGGACAACGUCCCCCGAGGGCAUUCACAUCAAUACACCUCCAGAAUUGCUGGGACAACCCUCCGUUGCCUGAAAUCGUAAUUUUUAUAUCGGAUAACGAUAAUUGAACUUGGCUGUACUCAAAGUGAUACUUUAGUGAACUUUGAAUGAAAAUAUUUUUAAAAAUGCUAAUUAUCUACGGAGACUACUUAUUUUAUUACACAUUGCCAGUGAAAUUAUCGUACGUGCCUUUAUUUCUAAUUUUAUACGUUGUCUUUUCAUAAUAUCUGUCCAGCUUUAUAUUUAUUAAAUUAUCGUUAAUGUACAACGAUCAGUAGAGUGUGAAAAGUGGAAAAAGGAGCACAAUUCCAUCUACCGAGAUUAAUUAUAUAUUAAUAAAAUUAUUUGGUGAAUAUCACAUUGAUAUGCAUCGAAAUAUGAUAAUAAAUGUAAAAAGAUUUUUUAUAACAAA